UUAACACCGCUAGUGUUACCCAUUAGACCGGUCUCCACUGAUUAGCCCAAUUCAUUCAUGGCCAAACAAGUGGUCCAUUUUGCGUCAGGACAAAGUAAAGCCCAUGUGGGCUCAGUGUGCAAUCGUGGAAUGUUGAUGAAAGGAAGGAAGAACCGGAUCUUGCAGAAAGAGACUAGCUUCUUCCAGCUGAAUCUUAUAAUCAGAUCUGGAGGUUAGCUCGGGAACUUGUAUCUCUGAGAGACUUAAGCUUCGAAGGUGAUGUAAAUUAAUACUGAGAAUACUUACUUUGGAUGUGUUAAUGGAAUGAUUUCAGUUCUAGUAAGUUUCAGAAAAUGAAUUUGAAGAUUUUCUGAGUAAUCAGUGGGUGUUGAAUUAUCUGCGAAUGAUUGCUGGUUUAGAUUAGGGUUUUGUUGCUUCUCAACAAUUACCUAGCUUGAAAGAGUUUAAAAAAAAAAAAAAAAGGUUCUGUGGCAAGAGCUGCAGCUGCUUGUGUGCUAGGAAUGAUAGAAAAUCUUAAUUGAACAGCUUCCCUUCGUCAAUGGCAGGCUUAGAUGGGUUCCUGUGAUGAGAUUUGGAUUGAAUUGGAUGAGUAGAUUAGAGGCUUGAAAUGAUUCUCUAUGUUUUGGGUGGUGAUAUCCUGGAUAGGUUUGCUAGUAUUGGGUGGCUUUAGAGAAUUGAGAUGCUAAUAGUUAACUGGUUUUCCAAAUGAUCUUGUGUCCUUGUUGAAGAGAAUGAGGAGAGGUCGUUUUUUGAACAACUCUAUUGCUUUUGUAUGUAUUUUGGUGUCUGUUUGUUGCCUUCUGGUUCUGAUGAUUUCGGUGCUUAAGCUUCCGGAGGCAUCACUUGGUAGCAAGGCAGACAGGCUCUACCAGACUAGGAAAACAAGGACUCUGUCCAAGGAUGAGAAUUUGAGCAAGUUUGGGGAGAUCAUGAUUCAAAUGUUGCCAGAAGAUCUUCCUUUCACUGUCUUUGUACCUUCCGAGAAAGCUUUCGAGCGUGACCUCAAGCUACAGGGGAACGAUAGCUUAGUAAGCGAGAAAAGAGAAGAUACAGUUGCUAUAUUAUCUCGAAUAUUGGGUUUCUCAGCUGUUCCUCGGAUUCUUUCUUCGGCUACAUUAGCUUCUGAUAAAGAGGUUUCUUAUGAUUCAUUAUCUGGGUUCAUUUUAUACAUUUCGAAAGAUGUGGAUGGAAUGCUGGUCGUUAAUGGAGUUCGGUCAGAACGAGUAGAUCUCCAGAAGGGAGUGUUUGUUGUGCAUGUUAUGGAUGGAGUGAUUAUGGAUGCUGAAUUUCAACAGUCAGUGAAACCUGACUACGGCGAAGAUUGAAUUUGUGCUAAUGUAAUUGUUUCAGAAAUAACUGUCUAAGUCUGUUGUUGUCGGACAUUACUAUACACUGAACCGUUUACCAGAAAAUAGGGAUGAAAAGUGGAAUUCUGUGAUGUGAGAGUACUUUUUUGAUGAAUAGUAAAGAACAGAUUCAUAGUGCAA